AAAAAAAAACACGUGAGCUGGUUAUGAAAGUUAUAUCACCGGGGCAAGAGAGUCGAUUACUUUGUUUAACGUAAGCAUUUUAUUCACUUCAACGAGACAAGGGUCCUCAAAGGCAAUUCAGAAAAGGGUUGUCAGACAUGUUUGGUUCAGUGGUGGUUGGCAUUGGGACGGCAGGCUUGGUGAGGAUCAGGGACAUGCUAGCCCCUCUGCCCUCCAGCGCAGCUGAGAAGCUCAGUGUCAAAGGCUUCAUAUCCAGGAGGAUCCUGGAGGAGCAGCAGGGAGUGAAACAAAUCACUGUUGAGGAUGCCCUGAGCCGGGACGACAUAAAGGUGGCUUUCGUGUGCACCGAAAACGCUGCCCAUGAGGAAAACAUCAGGAUGUUUCUGGAAGCUGGGAAGCAUGUCUGUGUGGAAUAUCCAAUGGCCAUGACACACAAAACUGCUGUGGACCUCUGGGACCUGGCUCAGGAAAAAGGAGUGGUCCUGCAUGAGGAGCACAUAGAACUCCUGACAGCUGACUUCAAGCAGCUGAAGAAGGACGUAGCAGGGAAAAGGCUGGAGGAGGGAUUCCUUCACUUCACAGGAGGUCCUCUGAAGCCGGGCUUUGGUUUCCCAGCUUUCAGUGGCAUCGCCCGGCUCACCUGGCUGGUGGAUCUGUUUGGAGAGCUGUCUGUCACCGCUGCCAGCAUGGAGGAAGACAAGGAGAACAAGUACAUGAAGAUGACCGCUCAACUCAUAACCAAAGAACAGAAACCUCUCACGUGGAUUGAGGAGUGGGCUCCCGGCCUGCCCAGGGCCAAAGACAUCAACUUCCGCUUUGACUCAUGCACCAUCACCCAGCUUCCCCCAGCCACCAGGGAGCCGGUGGGUAUCUUUAUGCAGGACCUGGUGCUCUUCAGUCAGAAGCUGCUGGGCCAGGUGCCCCGUGACCAGCUCCAUGCAGAGCGCCGCAGAGUCCUCCACUGUCUAGAGCUGGCCGACCGCAUCCAGCAGCUGAGCCUGAAGGGCUCAGCCCAAGACGCCUAGUAACCAGCAGCCUACCGAGGGGCCCCAGCAGCCUACCGAGGGACCCCAGCAGUCUACCGAGGGUUGUGAAAUUACAGUAACUUUCCAAAAAUUCCCAUGUUUUACAGAAAUUUGCAACGCUUAACCUACUGGUGGAUGUCCAAGCGCACAAGAUCCAUCCAUAAGCCUUCUACAGUAAAGCUACUGUAACACGCUGUACUGUAGACAUAUGCUCGGCGCAUCUUUGAAAUGUUAAGGGAUUUUAUGUGUUUCAGAAACAAAUUGGUUUCAGAGGCUGCAUUUACACAGCAGCCUCAUUCUGAUAUUUGUUCCACUAAUUGGUCUUUUGAUCUUGCCUGACGACUGAAUUUUUCCACUGCUCUAUGUUUGCUAUAUACUUCAGUCUGAGACUGCCGUCGUUGAAGUCGUUUGUGGGGACAUCAAAAUGAGGGGUGUUGUACAAAGCAAAGUAAUAAGUGAUUGGAUCAUCUUUAGCCAAUGACACAUUUUCAAAACGCCACUUUACCCACGUGUGUUCUGGCUGGGUAGAUACUCCGAUCCUGACUCAUUGUGGAAAAGAAGCUAACAUCCGUGGGUGUGGCAUACUGUAGAAUUUGACCUGAGCAAGGAGUUUGGGUAGCAAGGAAACGUUUGACCAAUCACAUCAGAUCUUUUCACAUCAAUCUUUUUCAGAGGUGAUCUGAUUGGUCAAAAGAUCAAUUAGACAUUUUUAAUUUUUAUUUUAUUUCACCUUUAUUUAAACAGGUAGGCCAGUUGAGAACAAGUUCUCAUUUACAACUGCGACCUGGCCAAGAUAAAGCAAAGCAGUGCGACAAAAAACAACAACACAGAGUUACACAUGGGAUAAACAAACGCACAGUCAACAACAAUAGAAAAAUCUGUAUACAGUGUGUGCAAAUGAAGUAAGGAGACCAAUAGUGGCGAAGUAAUUACAAUUGAGCAAUUUACAUUGGAGUGAUAUAUGUGCAGAUGAGGAUGUGCAAGUAGAAAUACUGGUGUGCAAAAGAGCAGAAAAACAAAUAUGGGGAUGAGGUAGGUAGUUGGUUGGAUGGGCUAUUUACAGAUGGGCUGUGUACAUCUGCAGCGAUCGGUAAGCUGCUCUGACAGCUGACGCUUAAAGUUAGCGAGGGAGAUAAUGGGCUGCCUGUGUAAACUCAGCCUAAGGCAUGUCGGCUUAUUAUCUUAGGGUUAGGCUGUUACUACAGACUACGCCUUAACAUUGAUGGAAGGUCAGUUGAUAUAUAGUUUGAUGUUUGCAUUGUGUUACUUAUUGAAGUUAAUCUACAUUACAGUUGAAUAUACUGUAACAUUCCUCUGGUUGAUCACAGCUCAUGGUGCUUUAUCAUUGGCUGGUGUGCUUUACUUAUCUCAUAUGACAUUUUAAUAUUGACAUGUUGUAUAGCUAUUGUGCGCACAGAAGUGUAAGGCAAAACAGUGACACUGAUCGUUGCAUUUAAUUUGUAUUUUUUUUAUUUAACCUUUUUAUUUAACCAGUCAAGUCAGUUAAGAACAAAUUCUUAUUUACAAUGACGGCCUGCAUGUUCAAAUCGUUAACACCCUACAAUAGGUGUUAUCAUUUACCUGAGGUAUCAUGCAAUCUCAGAUAGCUCAGGCAGAGGAAAGUGUGUUAUUUACACCGCAACUGGAACAUUGUCAGUAGACUGCAAUUGACACAUCUGUUUAGUUGUUUUAAAGUAGCAAUCCAGCCUCCUUUUUACCUAAUUUAACACCUGAUUUACUUAACAAAAGGCAUAUCUCAAUAGGUGGUCCAGGCAAGUCCUGACAUAGCACAAGUGGGGGGUGGGCCUUUCCUCUUUUGUUCUCUAUUGUUCCUCAAGCAAGGGGGAGGCCGAUGACAUCACGGAUUCCCAUCAGACCGACUCUUUGAAUGCCCUACCCCUUGAUGUUUGCAGUUGUCUAAAAAACACUAUUUUGCUCUUUUUUUCUAAUCUUUAGUUGGUGUACUUUAUUGUAUUUAUACAUGGACAUCGCUUUUCAACAGUACAAGUUCAAAAAUCACCGGAGGACAUAUUUCAGUGUUUGAUUAAAGGGGCAUUGCAGUUAACUUGAUUUAGAUGUUUUUGUAAUGUCUGGAAUUGCAGGCUGUUCAGGUGGGAUGGAACUUUUGGACCGCAUCAUGACUUCACACCGCUUCCCUGGUUUUAGCACUAAAUCAUUCACUAGCUUGUUGCCUUAGUUGUAAUUUGUGCAAUGCGCUUCCUUUCCUUUUUCUGUUUCAAACCAGUAUUUCAAGGGUCUCAAAAUUAGCUGUUCACCAUACAAUAUAAGUUUUCUACUUAAUUCUGGGAUGCUGACAGACUGAAUUUGUGCCUUGGCCUGCUCAGUUCCCUCUCCCAUUGUUAUCCAUUCAUGUCAGUCCCAUCUAAUGAUGUAUAUGUCUACCAUGUCGUAAGUAUUCACUACCCAGUGAAUGCAGUUUGGCCACUUUAACUGUCACUAGUGUUAUUAGCAAUUUAUAUGGAGAGAAAAUUACAUUCUUUAACAGUUUAAGAGGGAGAAUUGUACUGUUAUAUUGAAUUAUAAUGCCUGAAUGUUUUAAUAAUUUGUGUGUAUUGUAACUGUGUAUAAUUUGCAGUUUCCCAUAUUAACAGGCCAUAUGUGUGCUUGAUUGAUCAUCUUCCUGUUUGAUUCUGGCAAUGAUGAAAGAAGUAGGCAACCAUCAAUAAUAAGCAUUGCAGAAUCCUGCACGAGAAAUAUUAUUGUUUUUUUCACAAGCAAAUAGGUAGCUGUUGCACCCUGGCCCAGGGUCAUAAUACUGGUCUGAUCUGCAGGCUAUGGUUACCAGUCGAUGGACAUGAGUGUUGCUCCUGCCUGUACCAUCUGCUUCUGUUUAUAGACUCACAGAGUAGAGCUGAUGGGGAUCAGAGAGAACACUGGGUUACUCCUGAAACCGGGUAAAUCCACACCAAUAAGAUCAUUAAGCGAAAAAUGAAUACAUUUAUGAGUUACUCAUUACUUUUACAAAUGACAAAACCUAUAUUGCAUUGCCUAUACUGCAUAUGAUUUGUGUGAUCUAAAUGUUGUGACACUGAAGUUGUGACAGUGUGGACUCAUAGCCUGUCCUGGGUUUAAAAAAAGCUCAAAAUGUUCAAUGGUCUGCGAUUGCUUUCAAGCAGUGCUUCUGUGUCCUUGAUUGCAGUGUUCCUAGAGAUACUGUGGGGGCGUGUCGCGUUAUCAUCAUCUUUAUGCGUGUGAAAAGAAUAGGCUACGUUCUAUACAAUUUAAUGCAAAAGAUAGUGACAAACUGAACUGUGACGAAGAGAUCAACUCCGAUUGCUUGAUGGUCUGAAGCCGUAUCGACUAAUGGCACCGACAGUCGACCAAACAUCGGACAGUCGUGGCCGGUGGCUCACCAAACACACUAUGCGGCGAGAUGGACGAAAAAUGAUUUCUUAACAUGUCUGAUUAAUUUUGGACUAUCACGGUAUUUAGGUGGAGGCUACUGCCCGUGAGCGGAGUUGACAUUUCGUGAAUGAUGCCAGUUCUAUGUGGAAUCAUAUUUCUGUUUUGGUUAGUGGAUGAGGUGAGUCUGAUAUUCAUAGUCAGAAAUUCAAUUCAGUGUUAAAGUGAAUAACUGUUGCCAUGAGUCCUCUUUUUGUUUCCAUUAAAAGGUUUAGGCCUUGGUAGGACGGGCUUCGGAACUGUCUCGUUGGUCUCUGAAAUAUCAUAGCCUUGGGGUUUAUUGAAAGUCAACAAAACAAUGCGCCCUGCUGCUGCAGAAGUUGUGAGCUAUUGAGAGCUAUUUAGGCCUAUGAACGCUAGGCAUUUAUGUAAGGUCACAUAAAUCCGUGGUAUAUUGAAUGAUAUUCUGUACAUAAUGUAUUAAAAUCUAUAUUCUUGAAAUGAAACAAUAUUUCGAAACUCACCAUUCAUUAAAGUCUUACUGGACUCAUAUUUA